CUCCUUUGAAUGGAGUGAGCAUCGCUUCUGGUGUCCCUGCAAACUGGAGCACUGGCAGGCUUUCGGAGAGGGCGAGAGAAAUCCUCACACAGAGCAACAUCCGUGCCAGUAGUUCUCUGCUGCGUCAGUGGGGGAGUGACUCUGAGAUGCAGAUUUCCAGAUUCUUCCGUCCUCAACUGAGGCACUGCAUCCCGCGUUGCUGGAAGGAUUCCCUGAACUGGAAGUGUGAUUCCGUGUCCUUCCAGCUCCCUGCCUUACCAAAUCAGGAAUUAAAGCCACUUUUUUUGAAGGAAGUUGGCAGUCACUUUGAUGAUUUUGUGACCAAUCUGAUUGAAAAAUCGGCAUCAUUAGACAAUGGUGGAUGUGCUCUCACAACUUUUUCCAUUCUUAAAGAAAUGAAAAACAAUCACAGAGCUAAAGACCUGAGAGCACCUCCAGAGCAGGGAAAGAUUUUCGUUGCAAGGCGAUCUCUCUUGGAUGAGCUGUUUGAAGUGGACCACAUCAGGACAAUAUAUCACAUGUUCAUCGCCCUCCUCAUUCUCUUUAUCCUCAGCACUCUUGUGGUAGAUUACAUCGAUGAAGGAAGGCUGGUGCUUGAGUUCAAUCUCCUGUCUUACGCUUUUGGCAAAUUUCCUACUGUUGUUUGGACCUGGUGGACCAUGUUCCUGUCUACACUUUCAAUUCCCUAUUUCCUGUUUCAACAUUGGGCCAAUGGCUACAGCAAGAGUUCUCAUCCACUGAUGUAUUCUCUCUUCCAUGGCUUACUUUUUAUGGUCUUCCAGCUUGGAAUUCUAGGUUUUGGGCCAACGUAUAUUGUAUUAGCAUAUACACUGCCACCAGCUUCCCGUUUCAUUGUUAUACUCGAGCAGAUUCGUUUGAUAAUGAAGGCCCAUUCAUUUGUCAGAGAGAACGUGCCUCGGGUACUAAAUUCAGCUAAGGAGAAAUCAAGCACUGUUCCAAUACCCACAGUCAACCAGUACUUGUACUUCUUGUUUGCUCCUACCCUGAUCUACCGGGACAGCUAUCCCAGGACUCCCACUGUAAGAUGGGGUUAUGUUGCUAUGCAGUUUGCACAGGUCUUUGGCUGCCUUUUUUAUGUGUACUAUAUCUUUGAGCGGCUCUGUGCCCCGUUGUUUCGGAAUAUCAAACAGGAGCCCUUCAGCGCUCGUGUCCUCGUCCUGUGUAUAUUUAACUCCAUCUUGCCAGGUGUGCUGAUUCUGUUCCUUACCUUUUUUGCGUUUUUGCACUGCUGGCUCAACGCCUUUGCUGAGAUGCUACGCUUUGGUGACAGGAUGUUUUAUAAGGACUGGUGGAACUCCACAUCAUAUGCUAACUAUUAUAGGACCUGGAACGUGGUGGUCCAUGACUGGCUGUAUUACUAUGCCUACAAGGACUUGCUCUGGUUUUUCUCUAAGAGGUUCAAGUCUGCUGCCAUGUUGGCGGUCUUUGCCAUGUCUGCCGUCGUGCACGAGUAUGCCUUGGCUGUUUGUUUGAGCUAUUUCUAUCCAGUACUCUUCGUGCUCUUCAUGUUCUUUGGAAUGGCUUUCAACUUCAUUGUCAAUGAUAGUCGGAAAAGGCCAAUUUGGAACAUUCUGGUGUGGGCUUCCCUUUUCCUGGGCCACGGGGUCAUCCUGUGCCUUUAUUCUCAGGAGUGGUAUGCACGCCAGCACUGCCCUCUGAAAAACCCCACAUUUCUGGAUUACGUCCGACCACGUUCUUGGACUUGUCGCUAUGUGUUUUAGGAGCUUGGAUGGUGUUCCUUCCUUGUCACUGAAGAUUGAACAUUCUGCCUGGUGUGGGGCCCUGUCUCCACCGCUACUGAAGUUCUCUGUGUUACUUGGAUCACGCCAGGCUUCAGUGGUUCACCGGAGUAGGUCACUGGAAGCUGAGCUGUUCAGAAUUCCUUGGAAUCUUGCAUACCUAAGCAGGAAUUUUUUUUAUUUUUUCCUUUUUGGUAGAAGGGAGACUGAAAGCUGGGGUAAUGACAGAUUUUUUUCUGGGUCAUAUCAGCUUAAGCCUCAGUAAUUGCAAUUGUUUUGUUUCUUGAGUCCAUCCAAUCAGAGACUAAAAUCAGAUUUUCUCAGCCACAGAAUUAUCCAAAGCACUUACGAAAAAAUCAUUUAAGUAUUUCUGGCUUAGAAUUUCUUUCAUAUAUACUGUUGAAGGAAUGUUAAUUAAAAAUGCAAAGAAUAUAAUGUAGAAUGAUUUUUUGCUAUUUCUAGUAGAAAGACAAAAAAAUCUAUUUUCCAAAGGUAAUCUUGUUAUAUAUUACCUUUUAUAUUUUGUUUGGAAAAAAGUUCAGUUCUACUCAAGUUUUACAUUCUUCAUACCAGCUAGGUCAUGAUUUUUGUGCAGGAAAAAGAUGUCUUCCACUAUAAAUUCUUGCAUCAAUAAUAAUAAUAAUAAUACAUAUUUAGAGGACCAGAAGUUGGAAGGGAAAAACAAAAAAUAUUCUCAGAGAUUCCAUAGUAGUUUUAAGGAAAGAUUUGCAGAUUCAAUCAUAUUUUUAAAUUAUUUUGCUUAUCAUGAAAUUUACAUGGAAGAUAGUUUUUUAACUUUAAGGAAAUAUGAGGGUACUUCAGAGAGCUAAUAAAAAAUGAAAGGUAAGUUUAUUUUGGUGUAAAACAGAAAUCCGUGCAUAUGAGAGGUCUUCCAAGACCGUUCAUGGGAAAUGUGUAUUAUUAAAGAACUGGGUGUAGAUUUCAAAGUUUUUUGCACCAAAGUAAACUUAAUUGGAUUUUCCAUGAACUUUUGGAAGUAUUCUCAGCACCUCUUUGAUGUUUUGAAGUAUCCUUUGGUAUAAUUAUUCUCUAAUAAAUACUUAUCUUGAAUUAUUUUGCAGAUUAGUGAGUCAGUCUGUGACCUAAGUAUUAAUUAGCUUCAUUAACACUGAAGUGAUCAUUAAGGAUCCAGAAGCUGGCUUCUGCAUUUCUCAGUUCUCUCGUACUUUGAACGGUAGUAUAUUUUUAGGUGGAACAGAUUAAAAUGUGAUGUGAGUUUCCGGGUGAUAUGUGCCCUUCUUCAGUAAGAAGUGGUGCGUAGGAAUUACUUCGUAUGUGAUUAUGUUAGAUUGAGCAUUAGGGACAUCAGGGACCAAGUACUUCAACCUUCCACCCAAACAAGUGAGCCUUACGAGUUACUCAAAUGAUUGUUGGUACGUGGAGCAGCCACCUUGAGAGGUUCUCUCACAGUUCAGCCAGCCCUAGUGCUGUCCAAGAUGUUUUGAGAAGUCGUUCUGAAGGAGUUGUUUUAAGGUCAGUUUGAGUCUCACAAAACGUAGAGUAUGUUUCUAGUCGCAGCUUAAAUUGGACCACGAGGCCCUUGCUUAGUCAUCUGUUUGAUCCACCAUACCUCUGAUCCAGUGGAGGUUAAGCGGUUUUCAGACGUGAGUUCCAGCCUUGAAGGACACAAGCGCACGUGUGUUUCCAGGCAUUGAUCUGCACAGUGGUGUUGUAAUUGAUAGCAGUGUUUUUGACAUCACAAGAGAAUGGUCUGCUCCAAGGUUAGGUUAUGAACAAGGCAGUCUGUCGGAGCAGCAGAAUGGAAUGCUUAGGUCUGCAUUUCUGUUAAGAAGUGUAAAUGCACACUAGGAGAGACCUUUGUUGUUUGCUAGUCUCAACACUUGGUUUGUAGGCCUAGUCAAGGUUUUGUUUUAAAUUUUUUUUUAAUAAAAACUGUCAUCUUUAUAUUGUUUAUAAGUGAUUUUUCUGCCCAGGAUUUUCAGCAGUAACAGUGGACAUGUAUAAGCAUUGUAGACUGUUCAGAAUGCUAAGUGUGUCCUAAGAAACUUCCAAAAACACACAACAUAAAGGAAUGCCCACUUGGGUGAGAGACUGGUUUACAACCAUGAUCUUCAUGCAGGCUGCUUUGAGCAAACGUCUGUUCUUUAGACUGCCACCUACACUAUUUGUUUUAAAUGAAUACAAACUAGAACUUCUGUAAUGUGUUCAGGAAGAUUCUCUUACUUUCCCUACUCACUAACAGGGGUGAAAGGUACUUUUGAUUACAGAAUGAUGGUGAGUAACGCUUUUCCUUCUGAAAAGAAAUGAGUUUAGACUCUGUUUCCUAUAAGACCUAAUGAUUGUGACCGUUCUGGGGGACAUGUUAUCCAAGAGAAAGCUGAGUAGUAUGUACAGUAUUUCCCUUUCUCAGUAGAUUGCUAAUUGGUCUCCCAUGACCCUCGUGAGUAGGAUUAAAUUUGUUAAGAUACUGUUAUUCUCAAUCCUGGAUUAGGAAGUAAAACAGUUCUGUUUGUUGUUGAAUUAAUGUACCGCAGUUGCCUUGAUAAGGUUGCUUGCCUCAUUAGAAUUUAACUUGAACAUUGAGGCUGUGCUUAACACGUCAGUAACUCUUAACAGUUGGAAGCAAAAGGAUUGAGGGAAGUGUUUUGUCCUUUUUCAGUAUUUGCAAGGUAAAAAUGGGCAGAUUAACAAAGUACAGUGUAUUAACAAUCUGUUUUGGCAAGCAUACAUUAUGUUGCACAAUUCAUGUCAUGUUUUCAGUUUUCAUUAAUCGUAAGAUGUUGCCUGAGAAAUUGAAUUUUGAAGUCUUUAUAAGAAAACAGCAUCAUGUGUUUAAAAUUGGCUCAUUUGGUCUGCAUUGCCUUUAAAAGAUGUAAUUUAUUAGUUGUUGAGAGGCCUUUGGCACAAAGAGUGUCUUUGUUUUGUUUGGUUGUAAGUAAUUGUGUGCACAGUUCAUUUGAUUUGUGUGCAGGAGGUGGUGGAUGAUAAAGGUAAACUAAUGUGAUUAUAAUCAUGAGGUGGCCUGUUAGCAGUGUCAGAGUUUAAAGUUUUGAUUUAUAGUCAUUUAAAAAAAAUCAUUGCACUUAAGCCAACUUGUGAAACAGAUACAGUGUAGCUACUUCUGACCUGGAGAGGAACUGUGGGCCUGAGCUCUCGUUGGUACAUCCUUUCCGUCCUGCCCCAGAACACCCUGUUGGGAAACCACAGUGGGUGGGUGGGGAAGAGCGUGGGCUCGUGGCUGGGAGAGCCUUGUGCAUCCCAGCCCUGUGACCACGGCAGAGUCGCCCUGGGUGCCCGAGCCGAGUCUCCCUGGUCUGUGGAGGAAGGUGACAACUACCUCACGCGGUUGCUGCAAAGCAGUAGCCCUGGCAGAGCACGGCCUCCGUACUGUCUUCCCUUCAUCUUCUGACACCCAGACCCUUCCUGCUGCCUUCAGAAAGUGUGUGUACUUGGACUGCAGAUGCUGCACACUCCCAGGAGCACGCGCAGUGCUUUUCAGUAGACCGGGGUGAGGACGGGUGGCUCAGCAUGACUCGGCAUCGUGCAGGUGGGACAGGACACUGUCCCACAUGCACCUCCUCCCUCGGGUCAGGCUUGCACCUUCCCCAGCUUCGCUGACGCUUCUUCUGCUUUCACGCUAGAGCAGGCGGCAGUCUUCUCAGAAGAGAUGGCGUUGCUGCUGUCACCAAGGUGUCAGCUGGUUAAGGACUGGUGGGUGCACCCUACAGUCAGGUUUAGAGGCUGGGCAGAGGAUGGAGGCGGACGAGGCCUGAGCUCUGACAGCUGAGUCUUGGAACACACUUUCUGCACAGAAGAUGGCGUGACUCAUGUCAUCUACGUGCAACACGCGCACACGCUGACAAAGAUGUGUCCCGGUGGUACGUCAUGUGUCUUAUCUCUAGGUUUCACGUUCACGACUCCAGAAUGGAUGACUGACAGGGAUUUGAUUAGCUGUUCACAUCAGCCAAGCUUGUGUCGGGUAGUAGUGUUGGAACCCUUCUGUGACAGAAUACCACAGAGGCCUGGUCUCUGGAGCAGGUUAACGCGUGGCUGGCCCGGUGGAGACGGGGUGGGGCCUUUCCUGCCCCCCCCCACCCGCCCCGAACGCAAUCCAGGUGACAGUGGCGGACACAACCUGCAGAUGCUUGCACUUCGUAGGAUAGUUGGGUCAUCUGUGUCCUUCCUCCAGUGACAUGCUUUCUGAUAGCUAAUGUGGGCUUGAGAGGGAGUCCGAGUCAACCUCGGAAGUGGAAUGGUUUCUGGAGGAUCCAAGGCUGCCUCUGCCCGCCUCCGAUGCGGCUCCCUCCUCCCGCGUUACUCCGUCCACACUGUGCGGUCCGGCACACUGCUGGCUCCCUUCCCCGUGACCGUGUGUGUGGAUGAAGGGGUGGCUGCAGUCGGUUUCAGAGACCCGUGAGACAGGCCGUUCCCGCCCCACCCCAUCGUGUAGAAACACACUUUGCAGUCCCCUGUGCUAAGGUGCCAAUCCGCUUUCCCAAGGAAAGAGUGGAGCCCCGGCGGAGGCUCCGCCUGUGGGCAGGACCGCAGUUCUGCCUGUCCUCCAUUUUGCACAUUCAUGCAUGGCGUCCGGGAGCAGCCGAGGUCAUGUCAGCCUGAGGUGGCUUCUACAAGGUGUUUCUGUAACGAUAUCGUAGGUGACUCAUUCUCACUUCUGGUUUCCCUGUUUCCCCUGCCCCUGGAAAUCACUGGUACUAUGACUCUGUGUCGUAUGCAUUGUAUUAGCAUUCAUUUUAAACUUAAAAUGGAAAAAUAUUGCAUAUGUGAAUAUGGCAAAUAAAUAUAUUUGGAAAAAACAUAA